AGCUCGUUUGGUGGAAUUUUAUCAAUGAAAGGUCAAGGUUUCAAACGGUAGAAGCAGAAGGAAACAAUCAAUUAGUAUGAAAUGGCUGCGAUUAAUACAAUCAGUCGGUCCGUGAAGUACGGUCUUCAUUAUGCUGCGUCUUGGCCAGGAGCGCCACUCUCAGUUUUGUGUAAACUCUUCUGGAUGGUCGUCCUUGGUGUAGGGCAGACUCACCAAUACAAUUAUAUAAUCAGGCAUUACAAAGUUCAUACUCUUAUAGAAAUAAUAGAUAAUAUAAGUAUUUGCCUGCCGUUUAGUUUAGUAUGUAUAAAAUUAGUUAUUGCUUGGACACAUCAAGGCCUGCUUCACAGUAUUUUAUCAACCAUGGAAGAAGAGUGCCAAACGUAUGCUGUUAUGGAUACAAAUAACUUAAUAUCGAAAACAGCGCAUUGGUGUUAUCGUUUGACGAAUAUUAUAAUAAGUACCACUAUAGCAUCCACGGUUUUUUACGUAAUCGGAGUUUUUACUUCUGAAGGAGUUAAUGCAACGACACCUCGAGAACUUUUAUUAAAAAUGGAUUUGCCCUUUGAUACUAGCAAAUCGCCCACUUUCGAGCUUGUGGUAAUUGUACAAUAUUUUUAUCAAGCAUCGUCAGCUUUUAUAUUUGCUGUAUUCUCAGGUCUCCUUUUGAUGAUAGUACUUCAUGUAGGUUGUCAAAUCGAUGUUAUGUGUCAGACAUCGUCAGCAGCUCCUUAUAAAAAUGAAAAGCAACUAAAGUUCUUCAUUAGCAGGCAUCAGGAAAUCAUUUUAUUUGCAGAGAAAAUUGAAAAGUUCUUUACUUAUCUAGCGCUUAGUCAACUUAUGACGAAUACUUUGAUUAUUUGUUGCUUGGGUUAUCUCAUAGUGCUUAUAAUACAUAUUGAGAAUGGAUUCCCUAUGUUCAUGAAAUGCGUUGUAUUCUAUAUCUCCGUUUGUUCGGAAGCAUUUGUAUAUUGCUUCGCUGGAGAGUACCUGAAUAUCAAGAGUAAAUUGAUCGCGGACACUGCAUAUGGAUUUCUUUGGUACGAUACACAUCCAAGCAAAAGCCGACUUUUAAUACCUGUGAUAUUAAGAUCUCAAAGAGGAUUUAGCUUCACUGUUGGGAAAUUUGCGAAUCUUUCCAUGUCAACGUUUGCGGCUGGUAUCAAUGUGAUUUAUAGAUAGAAAGUAAGCAGAAAAGUGUGCGUCAGAUCGCAGAUGUUCAGCAGAGCAGCAGAGGUUUCUGUUUCGCUCGCAGUUUCUACCCUCGUUUGUUCGCAAUCCCUCGUAUUAAACCAAAUGAAUCGGAAGAGAUCAAGUUGGCACGGAUCUAAGAUUAUCAAGACAAUUUCCGCGUCACAGCUUAUCAUGAAACUGAAAGUUAAUAUUUAAAAGGAUACGUCUAACCAUAAAUAGAAUUGCUUGUGAACAAACAAUGUACAUCUACUUAUAAAGUAUCAUAAAAAU